GUAAUUCAUAUUCAUGAGUUUUUACCUUUACCGUAGUAGGAUUCGUCAAUUCGUUUCCCUCCCUUGUGAAGGAUCCAUCCCACGUCAUGAGGAGCUGCAGUUCCUCGCUCACUUUUGUAUUUGGAAACUUCUGGGACGCUUGAGGAUCAGUGGUCGACAAACACCUAUCGAUUGAGCGGGAUGAAACGUGCUAUUAUUUUGCAAAUGAGCCAUCAAAAACAGACGUUUCAUUCACAGCACACUUGAGACUUUCGAAAAAAAAAAAAAGAAAAGAAAAAAAAACGCGUAUUCGUCGCACACAGAUAUUCUGUUAUCACUUGUGGAGCGGUUUGGAAGUUGUAACACACUGACACUCCAGUGUCCACCAGUAUCAGUUGUAUAAGAGGAAUGUUCACUGUGAGGAUGUAUCUAAUAAGGAUUACAACGAAUGUAUUGAUGCAUUUCACUAAAACAAAUUUCUUGGUGAUGUCCAUCUUUCUCGCAACCUUUACAUAUGCAGUGGCUGAUAUGAACCUGUCAGAGUCUGGAGAGAUUGAAGCUUUGGCUGAAGCUCAGAGCAGGGGUCUGCCUACAGCUGAAGGUUAUUUCCUGGAGUUUGUGGAGCAGCCAAACAAUAUAACCAUAGUUCAGGGCCAGACGGCCACUCUGCACUGCAAAGUAGCGGGCCACCCACGGCCAAGCAUCCGCUGGCUGAAGAACGAUGCCCCGGUGGUGCAGGAGCAGGGCCGAGUGUCCAUCCGCAAAACAGAGGCUGGAUCCAAACUCCGUAUUCAGGACCUGGACACCACUGACACCGGAUACUACCAGUGUGUGGCCUCCAAUUCUGUCAAAGUCAUCUCGGCAACUGGAGUGCUCUAUGUGCGACUAGGACAGUCCCCGGCGCAUGGGGGAGCAGAUGAUUCAACACACGAGAAGGGCUUCUGCCAGCCAUACCGAGGCAUCGCUUGUGCUCGCUUCUUAGGAAACAGAAGUAUCUAUGUGGAGUCUCUGCAGAUGCAGGGAGAAAGUGAAAACCGCAUCACUGCGGCUUUUACUAUGAUUGGCACCUCCACUCAGCUCUCAGACCAAUGUUCUGAGUUUGCCAUUCCUUCCUUCUGCUACUAUGUCUUCCCGUUGUGUGAGGACAGCACCAGAGGUCCACGGCAGCGCCAGCUCUGCCGCGAUGAGUGUGAGGCUUUGGAAAACAACUUGUGCAAUGCCGAGUAUACCAUUGCACGCUCAAACCCCCUCAUCCUCAUGCAGCUCGAGCUGCCCGCAUGCAACCAGCUUCCACACCCUGGAUCACCUGAAGCUGCCAGCUGCAUUCGCAUUGGCGUGCCACCCCAAUAUUCACCCCCAGAUCACAGCUGUUACAAUGGAAGUGGCGCCAACUACAGGGGCACAGUCAGUGUGACAAAAUCAGGUUACCAGUGCCAGCCCUGGAGUGUCCAAUAUCCACACAGUCACCAUCUGACCCAUAUUGAGUACCCGGAGCUCAGAGGAGGGCACAAUUUCUGCAGGAAUCCUGGAGGGCAAAUGGAGAGCCCUUGGUGUUUCACUUUGGACCCUAAUGUUAGAGUGGAUGUCUGUGACAUUCAUCCCUGCAAAGCCCCAGAGAAAAUGAAAAAGGAGAUACUGUACAUCUUAAUACCCAGUAUAGCCACCCCUCUUGUUAUUGCCUGCUUAUUCUUCUUGGUCUGCAUGUGCCGCAACAAACAAAAGGAUUCUGCUGACACACCUAGUCGCCGGCAACUCACCGCCUCACCAAGUCAAGAAAUGGAGCUGCCCCUUCUCAAUCAGCACAAGCAUCAGGCAAAGCUGAGAGAAAUCAACCUGUCUGCAGUUCGAUUCAUGGAGGAGCUUGGAGAAGACCGUUUCGGCAAGGUCUACAAAAGUCACCUCUAUGGUACCGCCCCAGGUGAACAGACACAGGUGGUGGCCAUAAAGACUGUGAAAGACAAGGACGAAGGUACACUGCGGGAGGAAUUCCGCCACGAGGCCAUGCUCCGUUCCCGCCUACAGCACCCCAAUAUUGUCUGCCUUUUGGGUGUGAUAACUAAAGACCAGCCCAUGAGUAUGAUUUUCAGCUACUCGGGCCACGGUGACCUCCAUGAGUUCCUGGUCAUGCGGUCCCCCCACUCAGAUGUGGGCAGCUCUGAUGAUGACAAGACGGUCAAAUCCACACUAGAACAAGCAGACUUCCUACACAUUGUCACACAGAUAGCUGCUGGAAUGGAGUAUCUGUCUAGCCACCAUGUGGUCCACAAAGAUCUGGCUGCUCGCAACAUCCUGGUCUGCGAUAAGCUCAAUGUGAAGAUCCUGGACCUUGGGCUGUUCCGAGAGGUCUACUCUGCUGACUACUAUAAGUUGAUGGGCGCUAGUCCCUUCCCCAUUCGUUGGAUGUCCCCAGAAGCCAUAUUGUACGGCAAGUUCUCCACUGAUUCAGACAUCUGGUCCUAUGGCGUGGUGCUGUGGGAGAUAUUCAGCUAUGGCCUUCAACCUUAUUGCGGCUAUUCAAACCAGGAUGUCAUCGAGAUGGUACGCAGCAGACAAGUGCUGUCUUGCCCAGAUGACUGUCCGGCCUGGAUUUACACACUCAUGUUAGAGUGCUGGAGCGAGUUACCUGCAAGAAGGCCACGUUUCAAAGAUAUUCACACACGUUUGCGCACCUGGGAGAGCUUGUCUAACUACAAUAGCUCUGCACAGACCUCGGGGGUAAGCAACACCACUCAGACCAGCUCCCUCAGCACGAGCCCCGUCAGUAAUAUUAGCAAUGCCCGCUAUGUUAGUCCAAAAAAGGCAUCCCCCUUUCCUCAGCCUCAGUUCAUGCCCAUAAAGGGCCAGAUGCGCCCGAUGGUGCCACCUCAGCUCUACAUCCCAGUCAAUGGCUACCAGCCAGUGCCUGGCUAUCCAUACCUGCAAAACUUCUACCCUAUGCAGAUCCCCAUGCAAAUGCCUUCACAGCAGUUGCACCCACAGAUGAUAGCCAAGGCUGGAUCGCACCACAGUGGAAGCGGCUCCACCAGCACUGGCUACGUCACCACAGCACCCUCCAAUGGAUCUGGCACAGAAAAGGCAGUCCUUUUGAAUGAAGAGCAAAAGGCAUCUGAAGAGGAUAUAGCUGAUGUGGCCUCUCAAAAUGGUCUCCUCAAUGAGGACAUAUCUGUUUUUGAGACAGAGCUCCUGGGGGACAAUGACAGCGCACAGACAGAAGACAAUGAUGUCAACUCAGAAGCAUAGGCCACCUUUUGGAUCUGAUGAGAAAGAACAAUUCUGUUAACUGUGAUUUUUGUCAUUUGGACAACAGUUUAAAAAGUGAAGGGAAACCAUUAAUUAACUCAUUAACUUGCUGUUAUAUAUGGGUUUUAUCUGAGUUGAAGAAGGUACUUUUAAACUAAUCUCAAUUUUUCCCAUAAGCUUCGGAUUUCUGAGUCUUUGAUGAAGAAUCUGGCUUUCAGCCCUUGUGUUUUGGGUUCAGGAGCAGACAUGAUACAUGGAUAGCAUCUUGGUUUGGCUUUUGAAUCAGUGUUGCAAAGCUAUUCAAAAGAAUGUACAUUCUUACUGUUGCUGAGCAAAAUUAAACAUCUUUUUAACAAGGAAAUCUAUUUAUGGUAGCCCAAUCACGUUUAUGUCCAUACUGCGAAAGGCCGAGUAAUAGUCGUCUCACAUUAUCACUAACAUAAGAAUAAAACUUCACUUUUUUUCUUUUACUUUUUUUUUCUAUUAAUGCUUUGAGCUCCACCACAGGAUAAAACUUAUUUCUUACUUGUUGGCAUUGCAUGAUGAAGACUGCACCAUGGAUCACAAUUCGGAACUAUAAAGGACAUGGAUGUGCAAAGAAAUGGAUUCUUUGUUUUAGACAUAGCUUUUUUAAAUGUUGAAUCCAUGUUGUAAAGAUUUAUAAUUUAUGUAAUUGAUUCUCUAAGAUUUGUAAUUGGUUUGAAAUAUUCUUCUGUAAUGUUUCUCAUUUUUUGGCAGGUUUAUUUAGCCAGUAGUAUUACUUUUAAAUCAUACCAACCAGAUACUUGCUUUCUACCCGGAUGUUAACAAACAUUAACAUAUACUGUGUAAAUCGAGGCACAUGAACUGUCCAAUAAAGUAAUACAUUUUACUUGUUUAGUUUUCCCGACCUCUAUAAAAUUGAUGC